AUGAUCAGACACUCAACCACAAAAUCUUCUUCUUUUUCUUCUUCUUCUUCUUCUUCUCCUAUUCCUCAUCCUUCUUCUGGUUCCCCUUCUUCUUCUCCGUCGACUUCUUCUUCUUGUCCUUCUUCUUCUUCUCCUUCUACUUAUUCUUCUUGUCCUUCUUCUUCUUCACCUUCUCCUUUUCUUUCUUCUUUUUGUUCUUCUUUUUAUUCUUCUCCUAUUCCUCCUUCUUUAUCUUAUUCUUCUCCUAUUCCCCCUUCUUCUUCUACUUCUACUUCUCCUUUUUCUUCUUCUUCUUCUUCAUCUUCUUCUUCUUCUUCUUCUUCUUCUCCUACUCCUUCUCCUUUUUCUUUUUAUUCUUCCUCUUUUUCAUCUUAUUCUUCUCCUAUUCCUCCUCCUUCUUCUACUACUCCUUCUUCUUCCUCUCCUACUUCUCCUUCUUCUUCUCCUUUUUCUCCAUCUUCCUUAUCUUCUUCUUCUCCUUCUUCUUCUUCUUCUUCUUCUUCGUCUUCUUCUUCUUCUACUCCUUCUUCUCCUUUUUAUUUUUCUUCUUGCUCUUUUUCAUCUUAUUCUUCUCCUAUUCUUCCUCUUUUUUCUGCUUCCCCUUCUUCCUCUCCUACUUCUCCUUCUUCAUCUUCUUCUCCUUCUUCUUUGUCUUCUUCUUCUCCUUCUUCUCAUCUUCCUUCUUCUUCUUCUUCUCCUACUCUUUCUUCUUCUCCUUCUUUUUCUUCUUCCUCUUUUUCAUCGUAUUCUUCUCCUAUUGCUCCUCCUUCUACUUCUUCUUCUUCCUCUCCUACUUCUUCUCCUCCUUCUUUUUCAUCUUCUUCUUCUUCUUCUACUUCUCCUUCUUUUUCUUCUCCUUCUUCUUCUUCUUCUUCUUCUACUUCUCCUUCUCCUUAUUCUUCUUUUUCUUCUCCUUCUUCUUCUCCUUCUUGUGUUCUUCAUGUUGUGAUGACAGCAUGUAACUUUUAUUUCCCACAUCUUGUUUUAAAUAAAUCCUUAAAAUGCACUUCGAUCAAGAAACUUGUGUGA